UCGGCCUCACAAAUCAGCAGUGAAAUCCCAGAGAAACCAUGGGAGCCCUCGGCAUCACUAUUGCCCUGUUGGUGUGGGUGGUUACCCUCCUGCUAAUAUCCAUCUGGAAGCAGAUCCACAGCAGCUGGAACCUACCCCCUGGGCCUUUCCCGCUUCCUAUUAUUGGGAAUCUUCUACAGAUGGACAUAAAGAAUAUUCCCAAGUCCUUCACCAGGCUGGCCAAGCGCUAUGGGCCUGUGUUCACACUGUACUUGGGCUCUCGGCGUGUGGUGGUCCUCCAUGGCUAUGAGGCAGUGAAGGAGGUGCUGCUGAAGUACAAAAACGAAUUCUCUGGCCGAGGCGAGAUCCCUGUGUUCCAAGAAUACAAGGACAAGGGAAUUAUUUUCAAUAAUGGACCCACCUGGAAGGACGUCCGGCGAUUUUCCCUGAGCAUACUUCGAGACUACGGGAUGGGGAAACAGGGCAAUGAGGCACGGAUCCAGAGGGAGGCCCAGUUCUUGCUGGAGGAGCUCAGGAAGACCCAGGGCAAGCCCUUUGACCCCACCUUUCUCCUCGGCUGUGCUCCCUUCAACGUCAUAGCUGACAUCCUCUUCCAUAGGCGUUUUGCCUACAAUGACAAGACAGCUCUGAGGCUCAUGCACUUGUUCAAUGAGGAUUUUUACCUACUCAGUACUCCCUGGCUGCAGCUUUACAAUAAUUAUUCAAACUACCUACGCUACAUGCCUGGAAGCCACAGGAAAGUAAUGAAAAAUGUGUCUGAAAUAAAAGUGUAUGCAUUAGAAAGAGCUAAAGAAAACCUUCAGUCGCUGGACCUCAAUUGCUCUCGGGAUGUCACUGACUGCCUGCUCACAGAAAUGGAGAAGGAGAAACACAACGGCAAGCCUCCUAUGUACACCAUGGAAAACAUUGCUGUCACCUUGGCUGACUUGUUCUUUGCGGGAACGGAGACUACCAGCACUACACUGAGAUAUGGCCUUCUGAUUCUCAUGAAGUACCCAGAGAUUGAAGAAAAACUUCAUGAAGAAAUUGACAAGGUGAUUGGGCCAACACGCAUCCCUGCUGUCAAGGACAGGCUAGAAAUGCCCUACAUGGAUGCUGUAGUACAUGAGAUUCAGCGAUUCAUCAACCUCGUGCCCUCCAACCUUCCCCAUGAGGCAACCCAAGACACCAUGCUCCAAGGAUACUUCAUCCCCAAGGGCACAGUUGUCAUUCCAACCCUGGACUCCCUUCUGUAUGACAAACAAGAAUUCUCAGAACCAGAGCAGUUCAGACCUGAGCACUUUCUCAAUGAAAAUGGCAAGUUCAAGUACAGUGACUACUUCAAGCCCUUUUCUGCAGGAAAACGGGUGUGUGUUGGAGAAGGCCUGGCACGCAUGGAGUUGUUUCUUCUUUUGACUGCCAUUCUACAGCAUUUUAAUCUGAAGUCUCUUGUGGAGCCAAAGGAUAUUGACCUCAAACCUAUCACAGUUGGCUUUGGCAGCAUUCCACCAUCCUACAAACUCUGCCUCAUUCCCCGCUCAUAGGUGUGAGGAAAACACACUCUGGAAAAUACCUUUCUUCUGAGUGCAGCCUGUGAGAGCCUCACUGGGCCCAGAAAGAUGUUUCCCAGUCAGUGAGGACCAGCAGCUUCACAGAACCAAAUUAGACCAACACAGACUUUCUAGACUCAAUCUUCAGACAACAUAAAGCAAAAUUCAAAGAUUUGUUAAACUAAACUGAGUCUGCUCAAGGCUGUGUAGAAGUCCAGGAAACAAUGGUAAUAAGAAAUCUCUCACUGUGAGUUCAGCUGUAUACUUCUGAAAAAAUAGAAUUUUUUACUCACCAUAGUCAAUAUCUACAACAGACAGAUUAAAAGCAGUAGUACUAUAGAUUAAGUAGGAUUUAUUAGCCUGUUCAAAAGCAGUUCUAUUCCCAUCUUGCCUUAGGAUAUAAAACUGCUCCUUGGCUUCAUAUGAGCAUCAGUCUUAUGGUCUAAAUUUUAUGGUAAAAUAUGUAUCUAACAAGUCAACGUGGCCAUCUGUUAUUAUUUCUUAAUAUUCAAUGUGAUAUUGUAUCUGGAAACAACUUAUAGGCAUACAGAUGCCCUUGGGUGAGAUGAAAAAGGAUUAACACAACACAAAACUUCAGUGGAUUAAAUGCUAAUGUAGUGAAGUGGAAGAGAAGUUCGUAAAAAGAACACUAUCCCCCUUGGUUCCCAAGCCCAAGUGAGCCCUUGCUAUGCGUACCACUGGCUCAUCUUCUCCCUUGUCCUGUGGAGAUGAGAGCAGCCCCUUCCCACUCCACACACUGCCCAGCACACUGUGCAUUCUGUAUAAAUGCUUCUCAAUAAAAUGUGUGAUAUUUAAAGCCAGCA